AUGCCAAGUACGGUGCAUCACCUGCUGCUCUCAUCUUUCUAUCUGGUCGGCUUGUCCAGUCAUGAAACGAAAUCGUGUUACGCUUGCGCUUCUGAAGGUCUCUCUUCUCGAUGGCAGAUUACAGGAUUACCGCGCCUCCAGGAUAGUUAUUUCACUGACUGCUCAGCACAGAAUGUCGGAAAAUUACAGACGGAGAGCUGUACUGGAAGCUGCUUCACAUAUAUGUUCGAAGAUCCUGAUAUUUUUCCAAUAGUUGGAGGGCAAGUACUGAGCUGCUACGAGUGCACUCCACAGGAGGGAAAGAAUUGCAAGGACAAAGACAGAAAGUGUUCAUCGAAGAAGUACUGCUCGAAACAAACGGUCAAUUUCGGAGGUCAUCAGGUAGCGAAAUCCUGCUCGAACAUCAACAUACUCGGCAUCGAUAAUUCCUGUGUCAGCUACGACGUUCUGACGAAUCCAGGCGGAGUAACGGUUCGCAACAAAUACUCCCAGUGCUAUUGUCGUGACCAGCAAUUCUGUAACGAAGUCUCGCAACCAACGAUCAGGCUCGCAUUUCUCAUCGCAUUGUCCGUGCUUUUCCGCUAA